CAAUGUAAAGAAGAAAUUAAAGCAAAUGGCGAACCAUUCACCCUCAGGCUUCUGCUCUAUCCACAUUGGCCUUAUUCUAUUUGCUUUUCUGGACCCCAUCCCUCUACCUUCUAUAUUUAUUUAUAUUACCUUCCCCACAUUCUCAACUCAGAGAGAGAGAGAGAUAGAUAGAGAGAGAUGGGGAAUUACAAGUUCAGAUUCUCUGAAAUCAUCCCAAAUGCCUGGUUUUACAAGCUCAAGGAAAUGGGCAACAAAACCAGAAACAAGAAACACCUAACCCAAAUUUCAUCACCAUCCGUAUCUUCUUCAUCAUCAUCAACACAUCUAGCCACAAGCCACUCUCACCACCGGAAAUCCUACUACAUCUCUAGAGACCUCAACGCCCCUCCAAAGACCCGCGUCGCUUCGCCGCGAAAAUCCGCCAAGAAACGGCGCAGCAGCAACGCCAAGACAAUAAGCACGGCGGCUGCCACGCCCGUUUCCUCCCCCGACAACGACACCUCCUCGUCGGAACCUGAUCGGAGGUCCGACGAAACGCUCUCCCUAUCACCCUCUUGCGAUACUGAUACAAUCCUGCCGCCACAACUCCCUCCCAUCAUUACCAAGGCUUCACCUAAAACAGAGGAAAAAGAACAGAGGACAAGACCCGUUCGGAGGCAUUCAGGUUUGAAACUCAGGACGAACAGUCCAAGGAUGGGGAGGAGAAUUCAGGGCAGGAAAAGCGUGUCGUCGUCGCAGAGCUUUGCAGUUGUGAAGACAUCUCAGGACCCACGCAGAGACUUCCGGGAAUCAAUGGUGGAGAUGAUAGUGGAGAACAACAUCAGGGCAUCAAAGGACUUGGAAGAUCUUCUUGCUUGCUAUCUGUCUUUGAACUCCGACGAGUACCAUGAUUUGAUCAUCAAGGUUUUCAAGCAAAUCUGGUUUGAUAUGAUGUUAUUAUGAAUAAUAAUGUUAGGUCCAAGUAAAGUACUCUCCCCAUCCGUGUAAGCGUUAUAUUCUGGCUGGAGUAGUACACUAGUUAUGAUAAAUAAAUGUUUAAUUAACUCAGAAUUCAAUUUACUG